AUGCAUCAGGACCGGUGCCAUGGUCCUUCUGGAGCAGCGAACCAGAUUUGCACAUCAAACAUGUGUGAGCCGCAGGUUGUCCUCAUCGAUAACCUGGAGCUCGCCGUCCACGCAGAGGACCAAGUCGCCUACUAUGGCUUCAUGAGCUUCAACAGCGCACAGCCGGCGAAGGCGAUUGAUCGGGUUCGCAAGCGGGACCCUCCCGUCAGGACAUCGUCUCAGUUUGAGAACUCCGGCAAAGGAAACGACUCGCGAAUGUCGUCCGAUGCAACAGCCUCAACCACGGAAGAACUCGACGAAGAAUCACCGAGGGUCGCCAGCCCACAGCACAGACCGCAGAUAACAAAGGUUGUAGCCUGCCAGCAUCGCGCUUCGACUCUGAACGACAUCUGUCUAUCUGUUCGCCCAAUCCCUCGGCAUCAUUCGCCCCGCGCCGCCAGUGUGGCACUAUCUACCGCUGCGCGCCGUCAGACUUUGGGGACGGUGCACAGGCAUCGCGUCGCCGGUCGUCACUGGGCCCGCUCUCGCAUGUCCGUGAAAAGUGAAGAAGAUCGUCAUAUGUCAGACUAG